CAGUAGGUGGCAGUAAUGCACCAUAACGUUGUAUGCCAACCGCCGAAGAAGAAAAAGAGCUGUUUCUCCAAUUAUGUUGCCUUCCAUGUAGCAGGCAGCCUGUUUUCUUGGACACUUCUAUCUAGUUUUUUCCUACACCAAGCUGGUUAUAGCAUUUCCACCUCCCUGGAAACCAUGGCCGAACAGGCCACGGAAUCGGCCCGGCAGCACGACGUGGUGCUCCAGCAGCGAAUGGCAGCCCUGGAGCAGGAGAGAGCUGAGUUCUUCAAGCUCAAACAACAACUGGAGUCUGAGUUCAACCAGAAAAGGGCCAAGUUCAAAGAGCUCUACAUGUCCAAAGAAGAGGAGCUGAAAAGCCAGGCAGCGUCUCUGGAGGGGGCCCAGUCGGAGCUGAGUCGUGUCCAGGCCCAGCUGGAACAGGCCCAGGCAGACAUGGAGAACAUCAAGGCAGUGGCCACUGUGUCAGAGAGCACCAAGCAGGAGGCCGUUGACCAGGUCAAGGGACAGUGGCAGGAGGAGGUGACCUCCCUACAGGCCAUCAUGAAAGACACAGUGCGUGAGUAUGAGGUGCAGUUCCACCAGCGCCUGGAGCAGGAGCGAGCUCAAUGGAACCAGUACAGGGAGGCGGUGGAGAGGGAGAUGGGCGAGCUGAGACACCGCCUCUCAGAGGGUGGACAGGAGGAAGAGAACUUGGAGAACGACAUGAAAAAGGCUCAGGAAGGUGCAGAGAAGCUGCGGUCGGUGGUGAUGCCCAUGGAGCAGGAGAUGGCAGCUCUGAAAGCCAAGCUGACAAUGGCAGAGGACAGGGUAAAGGAGCUGGAAGCCUCAAAGGUAAAGGAGCUCAAUCAUGUCCUAGAAGCAGAGAAAUCCUGCCGCACAGACCUGGAGAUGUACGUGGCGGUGCUCAACACUCAGAAGUCUGUCCUUCAGGAGGAUGCAGAGAAACUACGUAAAGAGCUCCAUGAAGUUUGUCACCUGCUGGAGCUGGAGCGGCAGCAGCACAACCAGCUGAAGCACACGUGGCAGCGGGCCAACGACCAGUUCCUGGAGUCCCAGAGGCUGCUGAUGAGGGACAUGCAGAGGAUCGAGAACGUGCUCUCCUCCGAGCAGUUCCGCCAGGUGGAGGAGAUCAAGAAGAGGGACCAGGAGGAGGAUGAUAAUGAAAGGAUCAUCCAGGCUAAGGAGCAAAACGAGGAGGACGGGACAGAAACCGAACCUUUAGAAGACUCAUUUCUUGGGCUCAGUACUGAAGAGCACCAUAGUGCCCACAGCUCCAUGUACUCCUUAGACACAGACCUGGUGGCAGGGGGCCCCUUGGACUCCUACAAAGACUGCCUGCGGAGGGUCCAGUCCACAGACAGCCUGGGUUCCUCUCCCGGUCUCCAGGGCCUGGGGGGCCACAACCAUAAGGCUAAGUCGGCCAGCCAUCUGGACGAGUCCGACUUUGGGCCCCUGGUGGGGGCGGACUGCGGGGCCUCUGAGGGCCUGGCGGGCUUUGGGGACACACUAUCGGUCAGCUCCAUCCAGCUGACGGCCGGCCACUUCCUCCUCACCAAGGACCAGGAGAAGGCCAUCAAGGCCAUGACACCGGAGCAAGAGGAGACGGCCUCGCUGAUGUCCAGCAUUUCUCACGCCCCCGACACCGCCUUCCUUUCCCCAUCAGGCUACCGGUUGGUCAGCGACCAGGAGUGGAACCUGCUACAGCAAGAGGUGAAGAACGCAGGGAGGAAGUUGGGCCGGCGGUGUGACAUGUGCUCCAACUACGAGAAACAGCUGCAAGUCAUCCAGGGCCAGGAGGCAGAGACACGUGAUCAGGUAAAGAAGCUCCAGGUGAUGCUGCGGCAGGCCAACGACCAGCUGGAGAGAACCCUGAGUGAAAAACAGGAGCUGGAGGACUCUGUGAAAAAGGGAAACGAGGAAACCACUGCCAAGGUCGCUGCUCUCAUGCAGAGAGUCCACGAGUCGGAGUUGCUGCUCAACACACUACAGGAGGCCUUCAGUCAGGCCAAGAGGAACACACAGGAACAGAUGGCAGUGCUGAUGCAGUCUAGGGAGCAGGUGGCAGACGAACUGAGCAGACUGCAGAGGGACAACAACAGCCUAACAGGCAAACACCGAUUCCACUUAUCUCUCCAGCAGCAGGAGGACUUCAAACUACCCACCACGGUGCAAGAACUACAACCACUGGUGCUGCAAUUGCGGGAGGACAUAGUUGCGGUGCGCACGGCUGCAGACCACCUAGAAGAGAAGCUGAAGGCGGAGAUCCUGUUCCUGAAGGAGCAGCUCCAGGCAGAGCAGUGCUUCAAAGAGAACCUGGAGGACACACUACAGAUGGAGAUAGAGGGCUACAAGGAGGAGAAAGACAUCUUGGAAGCGUCAUUCUCCAGUCUGAAAACCGAGCUGGAGCGCGUGAAAGAUGAGAAAGAACAGCUGGAGAGCAGCUUGGCAGAGAAGAGCAAGACAUUAGCGAGUGUCCAGGGUCUGAAGAGCAGUCUGGAGGAGCAGCUCAGAGAUCUCACCACAACCAAGACUUCCCUGGAGGCUCAGGCUUUGGAUGAGAAGGACAAAGCACAGCGCUUGCAGACGGAGCUGGACGUCAGUGAGCAGGUGCAGAGGGACUUUGUCAAGCUCUCCCAGAACCUCCAGGUCCAGUUGGAGCGGAUCAGACAGACUGACUCUCUCGACCGUAUCCGAGCCAUCCUCAACAACACCAAUUUAACUGACAUCAGCCAGCUCCCAGAGACAUGAUACCCAUGGCUGAAGAAACUGCAUUCCCUCUCCUUCCACUCUAUCUCACUGGCCUAAUGAAAUUAUCCUACCCCUCCACCCCCCCCCAAUGGAAGGGCUCAGGAUGGAUAAGAGCGGUGUGGGUGUUUUUAAAUAAAGACUAAAUCCAAGGUGGAGGAUGAAAAAAUACAUUGUUUGUACAGGAGGAUUUGGAGCAUACCAAGGCAGGAGUGAACACUACUACUAAGAGGUUGCAAAUAACUAAAUGACUGUUUCCUGCAGAGUGGCAAUUCCUGCCUGUUUAUCUGUUUAUCUGUCCUGUGUUUUUACUGUAGAUAUUGGAUAUUGUAAACUUCUAAGGCACUUUCUUCUACAACAGGGAUCAUCAACUUGAUUCAGCCACGGGACAAUUUUUUUCUUGAGUGGAUGGUCAGGAGGUCGGAACAUAAUUACAAAUAAUUGUAGAUGGCAAAUUGACCACAAGAAGCCUAAACAGAUAUUUGACUAAAACAAUCAUUUAAAACCUUGCUUAAAACCUUGCAUAAGUUUUUAUACCAUCACAUAGAUCUCUCUGUGUCAGAAUACUUUGGAACAUAUUUCAAAAAUUAAAAUCACUUGGAGUUUAUUUGUUGGCAUUUUUAUAGUAUUUUAUUUCCAACAAAUAUAAUCACAGCAGGUCAAAUUUGGCCUGUGGGCCGCCAGUUGGAACUCUGAACUCCCAACUUCGUUCAGGUUGGGAACAAAUGGAUCCACAACAUUUCUGCCAUGUCUGCAAGUGGUUAAUAAAAUGCUCCCACUUUUUCUCACUCACACA